AUGCCUUUCCACAAGACGGUCAAGAGCUCUGCCUACUUCAGUCGCUACCAGACUAAGUACCGCCGCAGACGCGAGGGCAAGACUGACUACUACGCCCGUAAGCGCCUCAUCGCCCAGGCUAAGAACAAGUACAAUGCGCCCAAGUACCGCAUGGUUGUCCGCUUCACCAACAAGGACAUCAUCACCCAGAUCGUCACCGCCGAGAUCUCUGGCGACAAGGUCUUUGCCUCUGCCUACAGCCACGAGCUCCGCGCCUACGGCAUCAACCACGGUCUGACCAACUGGGCCGCUGCCUACGCCACCGGUCUCCUGCUCGCCCGCCGUGUCCUCAGCAAGCUCGGCCUCGACAAGCAGUUCACCGGUGUCGAAGAGGUCGAUGGCGAGUUCACCCUCACCGAGGCCGCCGAGGGCGAGGAUGGCGAGGAGCGCCGCCCCUUCAAGGCCUUCCUCGACGUCGGUCUUGCCCGCACCACCACCGGUGCCCGUGUCUUCGGUGCUAUGAAGGGUGCCUCCGACGGUGGUAUCCUCAUCCCCCACUCCGAGAAGCGUUUCCCCGGUUACGACAUCGAGUCUAAGGAGCUCGACGCCGACACUCUCCGAAACUACAUCUUCGGCGGUCACGUCUCCGAGUACAUGGAGCUGCUUGCCGACGACGACGAGGAGCGUUACGCCAGCCAGUUCCAAAAGUACAUUGAUGACGACGUCGAGGCUGAGAGCCUUGAGGAGCUCUACACCGAGGCCCACGCGGCCAUCCGUGAGGACCCCUUCAAGAAGCACGAGACUGAUGCCCCCAAGAAGACCAAGGAGGAGUGGAAGGCCAUCUCCAAGCAGUACAGGACCCCCAAGUCCACAAAGGCCGAGAAGCAGGAGCGCGUCCAGGCCAGGAUCCAGGAGAUCCUGGACCAGGAGUAA